AUGCGUCCUUUGUACUACGCAAAUUUUGAAUUCGCUUAUCGUUGGAGUAAAAAAUAUGAAUAUAAUACUGCUGUCUUACGUCUUUGGAAACAGAGUCAAUCUUCUGAAGCGGUGAUUCGUGGUGCUAUAAAAAAUCAUAUGAAAUUUCAUCCUUUCCUAAUUAAAAAAUACCUAUCUACUCACAAACAUUCUUCCCUUGAAGAAACUAACAAAUUUAUUUACAUGCUUCCGACUGGAUUAUUUGAUCCUUUAUGGUUGAAAAAAGAUAAUGCACAACCACUAUCCAUAUUAUCACCAAAUCUUGAUGAAUUUGCUGAUAUAUUUGAUCCUAAAAUAACUCCUGGUGAGAUUCCAAUACUUGACUCUACAACAUUUGAUAGUUCACCUUUGGACAUUCGAAAUAUAGAUAAUUUCUUUCGUGGUAUUUUCGCCUAUCAUUGGCAUAAUCAAUGGAAUGCCACUAUUCAUCCAACAUCUUGGUUUGGUGUUAUACAAACAGCUUAUGAUGAAUUUUUGGAUGGUAAACGAAGAAAUUUAUAUAAUGAAUAUAUCUUACCUUCGUGA